GGUAUGUACCGGUAGGGGCGCGGAUUCCGUAAUUAGUUGGUUAGAGGUAGAAUGACGGUAGAUAUUGAUAGCUUGCGGUAUGUAGAACUCCAGAGGCUUGCUAAAAUGCAUGGUAUCAAGGCUAACAGAAAGGCCUCUGAACUAAAGAAGAAGCUGAAGAUCCUGCUUUGUAUUCAGGAAUUUGAAAGUACCGGCACAAAGACUGGUGAAACAACAUCUGCUGAGUCUGUUGAGAUUGAAGAGUCUUCUUUCAGAUGUACGGACAAGCCUAAGCUUCCUGCUGACGAUCAAGAAAAUAAGGAAAAUGGUGGGGUAACAUCUACACCAAUAAGUGACGAUGAAGCUUCAGCUGUUUUGAAUCGAACAUACGAGCUAACUUCUCCUGUGGUGUGCUGCAAGAAGGAUACUAUUGAGAACCCAAUCAAGCAAUACUCAGAAUCCCAUAAAUUGUCCAUAGCUAAAAAACCAUCGGUUAUCAAGACAGUCCCAGACUUCAGUAAGAUUCAUGCUAAGGCCGCUUCAAAAUUGGAAUCAUUGGUGUCAUAUGCUUCACGGCGUAACUUGACUAGUAAACCUCGACCACCAUUUGCAUCACCGCCUUUUAACAACAAUAAAAAAGUCUCGAAUUCAUCUGGCGAUAAAUCUGAGAUCUCCCAAACAAAUAUACCUGAGCGCAAGUUCAGCCUUCAGAAGAAAAUAUCAAUUCCUUUGAAUGACAAAAUCACAAUAUUGAAGAAUUCAAAUUCGUUUAAACGAAGUAAAUCACUUCUUUCUCCUUUCUCACCUAAUGAAAUUAGUACAACUGUAAAUAACCAACAACAGGCAAACAAUUUGGCAGGUAUUUUAUGAGUGUAUUUUCUCCUUGGUUUCAUAUGUUAUUUUAUCAAAUAACUACAGCACUAUUGCUUAACUUAUGGGACAGUCACCCAAAUCUUAGUAGGUACUCAUUUGUUAGUCAGUUUAGUCAUUUUAUGUAGCUCACAUCAAUCAAUUCAACCCACAAAGAAUAAUAUUGUAGACAAUUUCGUGUAUUCUGCAACUUAUUUUGAUUGGCUGUUGAAAAUAAAUGUGUCAUCUCUGGUCAUUUCCAUAUUUUCUAUUGGAACCUACACACAAGUUAGAGAUGUGUGUUGUAGACAUCUACAUAUAAUAGCUAAUAGGAGUGUUUUUCAUUGUGACUAGUUUUCUUAGGCUUGCGUCAUUUGAAAAUAAAUCUCGCUGAUAUGAGCACAUAGUCUAUCUUGCAAUCCAUUAUCGCGUAAAACUACCAUUAAAAUUCCAGCAGACAGUGCAUUUGCUCGACGUAAAGCGUAUGAUAUGAAAUAUAACCAGUCACGUCGUUUGUCCUGUACACCUCAUCGUGUUUCCAAGCAAUUAUCAAUAACUCCUCCUAAAUCGACUACUGUCGUACGACAAGAUAUUCGUAUACCUAAACCAUUUGUAAAUGUUCGUCGUAAUAAAAUGGAGUUAUCAAAGAUUUGCAAGGAAGAUCGGGCAAUGUCAAGGAGAUUAUUAGUUGACAAGAAUCGUGGCUUAUAAUUAUUUUAUUAUUCAUAUAUAUAUAUAUACCUCUUAUCUACCUGUAUAAUAUUUAUCUAAUAUCUAAGUGUUUGUAUCAUAGUUAUCUUAUUUUAAAGAUAUUAUCAUUAUUCCAUUAUUUAACAUGAGAAAAAUAUUGUUACUUCUCUCAUUUCAACUAAUGUCAUUUUUAAUUGUCUCUCAUAAGUGUUUUGUUAUUGACUAAUUAUUUAUAUUUGGG